AUGAAUCCCAAGGUUUUGGGUUCCUCCUUCGAGACGGCAAAACGCCGCUUUCUAUCCCUGGAACGCAGAAUCGCGAGUGAUCAGUACCUGCAUGACAUGUAUAUGGAGUUUAUGAAAGAGUAUCUCAACCUUGGUCACAUGUCAUUGCUUCCAGGCACUCCUCCAGGACACCAUUACUAUAUUCCGCAUCAAUGUGUCCUGAGACCUGAUAGUAGCACCACCAAGCUCCGCGUAGUGUUUGAUGCAUCGUGUAAAACUUCAACUUCAAUCUCUUUAAACGAGACUUUAAUGGUGGGAGCCACUAUUCAGAGGGAGCUUUUUGCAACUCUUGCACGGUUUCGAUUAAACCGUUUUGCUCUUACAGCGGAUAUCUCCAAGAUGUAUAGGCAAGUGCAGGUUGCUGAAGAAGAUCGAAAUUUCCAAUUGAUUCUUUGGAGGGAGAAAGCAAAUAUUGACGUGCAAACUUAUCGCCUGAAUACGGUCACGUAUGGGACAGCUUCAGCUCCAUUUCUGGCCAUCCGCUGUCUCGUUGAGCUAGCAAAAGUCUAUGCUAAGUCCCAUCCUGUGGCCUCGCAAGUCAUAGCAAAUGACUUUUACGUUGAUGAUAUGCUGACAGGAGCAAAUAGUCUGGAAGAACUGGGAAGAAUUCGGCAGGAAGUGAGUGAGGUCCUGGAAGCGGUGGGUUUCAUGUUGGCCAACUGGGCGUCAAAUCAUCCCCAUCUGCUGUCCGAUAGUGGCCAGGAAAAGUCUCUUCAGUUUGACCCUUCCGCUUCCAUUAAAACACUCGGAAUUCGUUGGAAUCCGCAAACUGAUUUGUUUCACUAUCAGCUGGACGACUCCUUUGAUUCAUUACCCCCUACGAAGCGCAACAUAUUGGCAAAGAUCUUGCUGCAGCAUCUGUGGAGACAAAAGUUGGAUUGGGACGAGUCAGUUCCCAUGAGUCUGCAUACGAGUUGGAACAGGUUCAAGCAGAAUUUAUUCGACUUGGACAAAAUCUCUAUACCUCGCUUUAUCGGUCUUGCCAAUAAUUCCACUAUCCAAAUACACGGAUUCGCUGACGCAUCAGCAAAGUCCCGAGUAUCGCCUCUUAAAACGAAAUCAAUUCCACGACUCGAAUUGUGUGCAGCGCUUCUUCUAUCCACGCUAUGGUCUCAAGUUCGACUGCUGCUAGAUACGUUUGUAAUUGAAAGCGUGAACUUUUGGUCGGACUCCCAGGUCACCUUGUAUUGGCUGGAAAGGGACCCAGCCACACUAACAACGUUUGUGGCCAAUAGGGUUGCUGAAAUCCAGGAGUUGUCCAGUGGUGUGAUUUGGCGUCACGUUCCCACCGAUCAAAACCCAGCAGACUUAGUGUCCCGUGGAACAGAUGUAGAUGGUGUAAUGUGCUCAUUGUGGACUAAUGGGCCGCAUUUUCUUCUUAGUGGUCCUGAGAAUUGGCCGCUUCAUCAUCAGGUUGAGUUGUCUCCAGAAAUGGAAAAGUCAGAAGACAAGAAAAGUGUGGCAGCACAUUCUGUGGCAAAGGGUCAGACUAAUGAGGUCAUCGAGCUGAUUGGAAGAUGCUCGUCGUUUCAGAAGUUGCUUCGGAUAAUGGCGUAUGUGAAUCGGUUCAUUCAAGGUGGCAAUCGCAGUCGAGAUGUGGUUGUGUCAGCUAAGGAGCUGAAGGUCUCAUUUCUUAGGCUGGUACAGGUAGUCCAAAGAUGUGAGCUUGGAUCGGAAUUCCUCAAACUGGAUAGGUCGGAAAUUUUGUCUCCACAUCUUCAACGACUCAGCCCGUUCAUACACACGAGCGAACUCGGCGGAGUCACCUUCCGACUGAUUCGUGUUGGGGGAAGAUUGCUGCACGCAGAAAUUCCAUACGAUGCGAAGUUUCCUCUACUGCUGUCGCAAAAGUCGCAGUUCGCGAUACUGUUUCUACGCCAUUUGCAUCGUGCUCAUUAUCAUGCAGGUGCAAAAGUAAUGGUUUCCCUUCUAAGGCAGCAGAUUUGGCUAUUGAACGCCCGAGAAGCAUGCACAAGAAUCGUGAGGAAUUGUGUGCACUGUUUCCGAUACAAGCCCAUCCUUAUGGGACAGAUCAUGGGAAACCUGCCAGCUGACCGAGUGCGAAGAGCUCGCCCCUUUCUGAUUUGUGGGGUAGAUUUCUGCGGUCCGUUUCAGGUGUCCCUCAAAAUUCGAGGCAGGCCCCCCAUUAAGACCUAUGUAGCCGUGUUCGUGUGCUUCGCUUCAAAGGCUGUUCACCUCGAAUUAGUAGUCGACCUAUCAACUGACAGUUUUUUGUGUGUGUUUCAAAAGGUUCGUCGGGAGGAGAGGCCUUCCGGAGAAGGUCUACAGCGACAACGCCACCAACUUCGUGGGCGCGAGCCGAGUAAUGGAAGAGCUUCACGCAGCAUUUCAGAGGGAUCAGGAUCGGCUCAGGACGUACGCAGCACAGCACGGCGUCGAGUGGUGUUUCAUACCACCGAGAGCACCGCACUUCGGAGGGCUUUGGGAAGCGGCAGUCAAGGCAGCCAAACAGCGGCUGAUACGCGGAGUUGGCAACGCCAAGCUCACCGCGGACGAGCUCAGCACCCACCUGGUCGAGGUAGAGGCCAUCCUCAACUCCCGGCCAAUCGCUUCGCCAGCAACGACCCCAGCGAUGGAGAAGCCCUAACGCCAGGGCACCUGCUCAUCGGGCAGCCGCUUCUUUCGCUGCCGUCCGAAUCCGAGCAAGACGCCAAUUGCAUCAAGGGCGGCUUCGAGUAUUUGAAGCGGUGGCGCAUGCUGUCCGCGCUCAAACAGCAGUUUUGGCAGGGCUGGUCCAAGGACUACCUGGCCAGCCUGCAGCAGCGGCAGCAAUGGUCUACAGAAGGACCGAACCUCGAGGCAGGAUGCCUAGUGCUCGUUCACGAGGACAACACACCGCCUCAGAAGUGGACCACAGGGCGAGUGGUGGCAACGACGGCAGGAGAAGAUGGGAGAGUGCGCGUGGCAGAGGUGCGAACUUCCGCAGGCGUUAUUAAACGAGCAGUCCAAAAACUGGCAAAAUUGCCAAUGGAUGGUUGA